CGCCCCUCCCUCCCCAGCCUUCCCCCGCGAGCGGACGCGCCAGCGCCUCUGUCUCGCUUUUUCUUAUUUUCUCCCCCCUUUCCCCUUCCUUUUCUUUUCUUUUUUUUCCCCUUCCCCCCCCUCCACCAUUUCCCCUCGGAGGCGCUUCCCCCGGGCAGGGGCAGAGCCGGCCUCACCCCGCGCCUCUCCCCGGCCCCCGCCGCCUUAUGGCGAGAGGGCGCCCCCUCCUCACCCGGGCAGCAGCGGCGGCGGUCGGAGGAGCGGGACGGGCGGCGGCGGCCUCGGGCCCGGGGUCAUCAUGGAAUUAGUUCGCUGACUGACCCUUCGGCCGCAGCCGCGCGUCCCGCCCGAGCGCCCGCGCCCGCCGGCCCGGUUUGCCCUCUUGUCCCUCCUCAGUCGGCCCGGCCCUGGUCCCGCGCGCCCCGCCGCCGCGCGCCGAGGAUCAUGAGGUGGUAACGGGCCCCCGGAUGACCCCGCGUCACCCCUGCGAGGCCUACAGCUCUGCGGGGGAGGAGGAGGAGGAGGAAGAGGAGGAGAAGGGAGCUACAUCAAGCUGGGCGGCAGGCAGAUCCAAAGCGAUAUCAUGAAGUUUCCAGGACCUUUGGAAAACCAGAGAUUGUCUUUCCUUUUGGAAAGGGCACUCUCCAGGGAAGCCCAGAUGUGGAAGGUCAAUGUGCCGAAGGUACCUACAAAUCAGAAUGUUUCUCCAUCCCAGAGAGAUGAAGUGGUUCAAUGGCUGGCUAAACUCAAAUACCAGUUCAACCUUUACCCAGAAACAUUUGCUCUGGCAAGCAGUCUUUUGGACAGGUUUUUAGCUACAGUAAAAGCCCAUCCAAAAUAUUUGAAUUGUAUUGCAAUCAGCUGUUUUUUUCUAGCUGCUAAGACUGUUGAAGAAGAUGAGAAAAUUCCAGUGCUGAAAGUAUUGGCAAGAGACAGUUUCUGUGGAUGUUCCUCAUCUGAGAUUUUGAGAAUGGAAAGAAUUAUUCUAGAUAAGUUGAAUUGGGAUCUUCACACAGCCACACCAUUGGAUUUUCUUCACAUUUUCCAUGCCAUUGCAGUGUCUACUAGGCCUCAGUUACUUUUCAGGUUGCCCAAAUUGAGUCCAUCUCAACAUUUGGCAGUCCUGACCAAGCAGCUCCUUCACUGUAUGGCCUGCAACCAACUUCUGCAGUUCAAAGGAUCCUUGCUUGCUCUGGCCAUGGUUAGUCUGGAAAUGGAGAGACUCAUUCCCGAUUGGCUUCCUCUUACAAUUGAGCUGCUUCAGAAAGCACAGAUGGAUAGCUCCCAGUUGAUCCACUGCCGGGAGCUGGUGGCACAUCACCUUUCUGCUCUGCAGUCUUCCCUGCCUCUAAAUUCCGUUUAUGUCUACCGUCCCCUCAAGCACACCCUGGUGACCUGCGACAAAGGAGCGUUCAAAUUACAUCCCUCCUCUGUCUCAGGCCCAGACUUCUCCAAGGACAACAGCAAGCCAGAAGUGCCAGGCAGAGGUCCAACAGCCUUCUGCCAUCAUCUCCCAGCUGCCAGUGGGUGCAAGCACACAUCUGCUAAACGCAAAGUGCAGGAGAUGGAAGUGGAUGACUUCUACGAUGGGAUCAAGCGGCUCUACAAUGAGGACAGUGCUGCAGAAAGUGUGGGCUCUGCGUGUGGCGCUGAUGUAUCAAGGCAAGAGGGCCACGCGUCCCCCUGUCCACCUUUGCAGCCUGUUUCUGUCAUGUAGUUUCAGGUGUUACCUUCCGGUGCACACUGGGGCUGACUGCUUGGAAGUGAGAACAGGAAGCCAGGAAAGGCUGUAGAGCAGGGCAUGUGCUUAUCAGACUGAUCUCAAGUGAGCCAGGAAAAAGAAAAACACCCUUAUUUCUUUGUGCAGUUACUUACAGUUCAACAUUAUUUACUAUACAGGCAUAUAUUUAUAGACUCAAGAUCCAAAAUAUAUUUAAAAGUAAAGAAAAAGUUCUUUUUACUAAAUCAGUUCCAAUUUUUUUCUUUGUUAAAAUAAUAGUUUGCCCCAUGUCCAAAAAAUAAAAAUCAAUGUUUAGGGGAAAGUUGCAAAAGUCAUAGCUAGAAAUCUUGUUCCUUCAGUGUCCUCCUCCUCCUGCCUCUGCUGAAUACUUAAAAGGCUGUGCUUGUUGGUCUAUGUAUUCUGAAUGCCACUGAAUAGAUAACCUCCCCCCCUUUUUAAAGCAGUUAGGGGAGGACAUUAUUUUCUGUGGCAGCCAUGUUUAAUCCACAGUUCAGGUUUGUUAGUUUGAAAAAGGCACUUUGAAGCUAUCCCCAUGAAUCAGUGGCAGUAGAAAAAGUUCUCUUACUUGUGUGUCUUGUUUCCGUUUUUAGUUUAAAACCAAGAUUACUCUUAUCCUUUUUAUCUUAAAGCUUAAAAAUGGCAUGUAAUUAGGACAUUCUAAGCAUUUUUGAUAUUUAUAUAACAAUUUCUGAUAAAGUUAAUAUAUCCAGGUGCUCACCAAAGAAACAUGUAUGUAACAUACAUGUAGAUUUUUGUAACUGAUCUGUUUUUGCUCAUUUAUAAUCAGAAGCAACUGUCUGGAUAUUGGGGCAGCCCUGAUUGGAAUCUGUAACUUGUAAUUGAAUUCAGUACCCUAGUUUUGUAGUAAGCGAUUAGGGUUUUCUUGAUAAUGAGUUUUCCCUUGUUUCUCUCUGGGUGACUUCUGGCCCCUGAGCUCCCUUUGCAGUCUGAAGACAGCCCUGCAGUCAGAACCAAGCACUGCUGAGAACGCUUCUGGUAGCAAUAAAAUGUUGUCCUUA